UUGGCCGCGCUCGCAUUUUAAUCGCUGUCAAAGCGCAUCAUAUGGCCGCCGCUUAAACUAACUCCUCAACUCCACUAGGGAAAGUAGCACAAAUGCGCUUUCAAUUAACGUGGACGUGAAACCGUAGUCGGGAACGACGCAGAACAGGCUCCAAGACGGGAAAAGAACUUCAGACUCACGGGCACCGUUUGGAUUAAAUUACGUUUCGUUCCGGGUUUUUUUUUUUUUUCCUCCCUCCUUCCCUCCUCUCCCGGAGCUCUUCUCGCUUGUGUUGCACCUGCUCCUGCGGACUAGCGCCGAAAGUUCAUGCUUUUUCCGUGCUGGGUGAGAAGUCUUUAAGCCAGGUGAAUGUAUAGCAUAAUGAUGGAAACGGACUUGCAUUCCCCAGGACCCCAAACCAAUACAAAUCCGGGACAGACGGGUCCGAACACGGGGACCAAAGCUAACCAAGAGCGCGUGAAAAGACCCAUGAAUGCUUUUAUGGUGUGGUCCCGGGGCCAGCGCAGAAAGAUGGCUCAGGAAAACCCCAAAAUGCACAACUCCGAAAUCAGCAAGCGGCUCGGUGCUGAGUGGAAGGUGAUGUCAGAAGCUGAAAAGCGUCCCUUUAUUGAUGAGGCGAAGCGGUUGCGGGCAAUGCACAUGAAAGAGCAUCCGGAUUACAAAUACAGACCGAGGCGAAAAACCAAGACGCUUCUGAAAAAGGACAAAUACUCUCUGGCCGGCGGUCUGCUCGGCGGAGCGGGCACGGGAACAGGUGUCGGUCUCGGGGUAGGCAUGAGUCCGGGUGGUGUCAGCCAGAGGUUGGAGAGCCCAGGGGGUCACGGAGGCUCCGCCAGUGCCGGUUACGCGCACAUGAACGGCUGGGCAAACGGCGCUUACUCCGGGCAGGUCGCGGCCGCGGCUGCGGCCGCCGCUAUGAUGCAGGAGGCGCAGCUCGCGUACAGCCAGCACCCAGGCAGUGGCGCGCACCACCACCACGCCCAUCACCAUCACCCUCACAACCCGCAGCCCAUGCAUCGCUACGACAUGACUGCGCUCCAGUACAGCCCGAUAUCCAACUCCCAGAGCUACAUGAGCGCGUCUCCGCCCGGCUACGGAGGGAUAUCCUACUCGCAGCAUCAAAACUCCAGCGUCGCGUCCUCAGCAGCGAUCGGCACAUUGAGCUCACUCGUCAAGUCCGAACCGAACGUAAGUCCUCCGGUUACCACACAUUCUAGAGGCCCUUGCCCCGGUGACUUGAGAGAGAUGAUCAGCAUGUAUUUACCGACCGGGGAGUCCGGCGACCCGUCUGUCCAAAGCAGACUGCACGCCUUACCGCAACACUAUCAGAGCACAGCUGCUGGAGUAAACGGAACUGUCCCGUUGACGCAUAUUUGAAAUGGUCAGUGAAACUUGGGGUAAAGCGCAAUCAGACACUCGCCACCAAAAAUUUACCUCUUUUUAGAUGGCCAUUUAACUACUUUUGUAUAGAAUGUUUUAAGAUGUUCUUGUAAUUUAAGGUAAAAAAUAUUGUUUCGAUUGCCGUUCAGAGAAAACCAUGAACUGAUAAUAUUUGUCACUUUUGAUUAAUUUCUUUUUUUUUUUUUAAUUAUACUAUUCAUGAAUUCGAACUGACAUUCUUCUUGGCCAAAAAUCCCGUUAUGUUCCCUCUGAUUCCAGUGUUUCGUUUCAAAUAUUUAAUGCUUUGGUGCAAGUUCAUUUUUAAGUUAAUAAGUUCACAUCUAAAGUAGCUUGGAGAAUAUUUCUGAGAGUUUAUAAAGAGUUUCCUGCAUAUUACACUUACCAAAACAUUUGUAUACGUGAAUGUAUGUUCCUGAAUUUAUGCUGUAAUAUUUCUUGUAAAUUGUGAAUACGUUUUAAUAUUUCAAAAGACUGGCACGUAACUGCUGAUGUAUAUAAUUUAUGAGACGCAUUCUUGCCAGUUUGCAUUAUGAUUUUGCGCUGAUUCAUUGUCUAAAUAAAAUUUGGAAGAAUGUUA